UCUAUAGGUUUUUCCCUGAGCUUCUAGUAUUGAGGUCAGUAUAUGAGCUGAACACGUGUGGUUUAUUCUUCUGGGUAUAACAGUUAAACCAGAAUAUGUUUGUGUGCGUGCCCAUGUCUCUGUGCAAUAUCUAUCGUGUCUUCUCAUAACCACGAAUGAACGCCACGAUGAGAACAAAAGUGUGUAAAAGAUCAAUGUGCUCCAUAAACCCAUUUUCUGUUGAUGUGCAAACACGUGUCAGAAUGAUUGUCUCUCAUCUGUGUGCUUUAUUCCUCCUGUCUGGUGUGUUUGGUGUUGAUGCAGAUGAAGUGAAGUCAGUGAUGGAGGGAGAUUCUGUCACACUACACACUCAUCUUACUGACAUACAGAGAGAUGAUCACAUACUGUGGAUGUUUGAAUUUCACAACACUCUUAUAGCUGAAAUCUAUAAACAGAAUGUUAUUAUGCAUGACAGUAAUGAGAUAUUUGGAGGCAGACUGAAGUUGGACAGUCAGACUGGAUCUCUCAGCAUCACAAACAUCAGAUUGAGAGACUCUGGACUUUAUCAACUACAGAUCAGCAGUAACAGAGGAACUUCACACAAGAGAUUCAGUGUUACUGUCUAUGGUUUUCAGCGAGUAAAUUUGUUUCUUUAUGUGGUGAUUUUGCUGUCAGUUGUGAUAGUUGUGAUGAGUGCUGUGAUAUGUCUGUGCAGUAAUGUCCAAACAUAACUAGAGAGUAAGUGUCCUUUAACUAAUCCAACACUAUAGCUGCGUCCCAAAUCGCGCACUUAUGCACUACAUUAUUAGUAUAAAUAGCUUGGUGUGUUCACAUUGAACGUUCUCAAAAAAAGAAGUGCACUAAUAAGUACGCGGAUGAUGCACUCAUUCAACCGAAGAUAUGUAGCGUGCAACGCUGUCCACUUCACGCACUUACAGUUUCGCUUUUGUCCUCGUCUGGCAAACCGCAUAACUUCCCGUUAGUAUAAAACCGCACGAGUAUUCCAUGUGGGACGAGACCUUCUUAAAGUCAUACACUACAUGGUUGAGUGCACAGCGCAUGUAAGUGCAUAGCUCAUAGUGUAUAGUAUGUCAUUUGGGACCCAACUAAUGUAUAAUAAAUACACACAAUAAACAACAGUAAUAACACACACAUGUGCUUUCAGAUGAAGAAGGAAGAGUUUAGAAGAACGUGUCAGAAUACACCGAGAUCAUCUAUACAGUCUUCAAUACUGUGUUAGUAACACUGAAUACACAUGUGGUUAAAUAAACUGAUGCUUUAUAAAUCUGAACUGUAAUUUGUUAUGUUUCUAAUAUAUUCUGUUAGUUUGGUCUGUGUGCGCGUGUGUGUAACGUGGUUUCAUCUCGUCCAGAAAUAAACUUCACACGAGAACAAAAGUGUGUGAAAGAUU